AUGACAUCUCAAAUGUCCUCCCAUGGCCGCGGCGGCGCCGGAAACAUGGCCAAUGCCAAAUCCUCUCCCAAAGUCUCGCCAGCGGACCUGCAGACGCCGACGCUCAAGAGCUCCGUGGUCACCACCGGUCGCGGCGGUACUGGCAACAUGGCCAAGAACGACGACCCAGCAGAGACGCGCAAGAGACAAGAUGUUAACCCCAUUGCCCGCCGAUACUCCUCGGGAACUCAGCAUGCCGGUCGCGGUGGUGCUGGCAACAUAUUCAAAGAAGACGCAAAGGCUGCCCUUGAGGAGGCCGAGAGCAAGGAGCGUGAACAAGCAAUUGUAGACGAUGAGCUACUCCCACCUAAGCCAAAGAAGGCAUGGAUGCCAUUCUCCAAGAAGCAGUAG